GGUGGAAACAUAAUUCGUAAAAGUAGAUGAUGUAACUAACAUAGUUUUAUGCUGCAGCAUAUUCACUACGACAUGCAUUCGGUGUAGAAAUGUAAUGUGUAAUAUUCUAUGUUAUUCUAGUGUCUUUGUGUGUGUCUAAUCGGUCUAAUCACAGUGAAAUGGGAAAAGGAACACUCAAAAAACAGUGUACAUAAUAUAUACGACUGUACCAAAUAUUGCAGUGGCAAAAAAAUCAAAGCAUCAUUAAGUAGGUAAUUAAACUGAUGCAGGAAUAGAGCGAAUGUCUGUGAAUUGAAUUUUCGUUGGACUAAAGCGGCAAAAGAGGUCAAAUGGUAAAAGGCGUUCUCAAACAUACUGAUAGCAAAAAGUGAUACUGCAGGUUUAAUCGUCCUAUGGAUUGUUUUUAAUAUUUUACGUCAGCAUACCUCCUGAUGUGGAAUAGGACAGGAAUACAGACAGUUUCGUUCAAGUGCAACUGUAAACAGGUCGUACCAGCGCGAUUACGGAGCACGUAGUAGGCGCCAGGGAGUGCAGCAGUUAGUUCAACUAUGGGAUACCAUAAAGUGUAAAGUGUGUGAAAAGUUGCAUAUUAGCCCAUUUACAAUACUCCCGAAACCAGUGAUACUCAAUAUGUCACAGGCCAUGCGAUACGAAGUGUUGGAAACGAUUCCAAAGAAGAAAAUUGUUAAGCUGUACCUGCGUUGUUUGGUUGCAAAUCUGAUUCUUCUUGUAAAAUGGCUGUUUGAGUGCAUUAAAUGCAAAGUGAACAAAACCACCAUUAUGCGGAAGGCUAUCGAGCAGGUUGAGUUCCCGAGUAAACAGCCUAACUUCAUGACUGAAACCAAAAUGGGUCGACACUCAUAUGUUAAACUUGAGAAGACAAAAUUUCACUAUGUGGAAGCAGGGAGCCGCAGCAACUCUACGGUUUUGCUUCUCCAUGGGUUUCCAGAUUGUUGGUUAGGGUGGCGAUACCAGAUUUCAGAACUGUCGCAGUACUUUCACGUGAUAGCGUUAGAUCUUAAAGGGUUCAACGAUUCUGACAAACCGCAAUGGCGAUUUGACUAUACUCCACGGAAGGUGUGUGAAGAUUUGCGGAAGUUUCUAAUAGCCAUUAGCGCGAAAAGUGUGUUUAUAGUUGGACACGAUCUGGGCGCCACCAUUGGCUGGAUUUUUGCUCACACCAACCCAGAAAUGGUAGAGAAGUUUGUCAGUGUCUCAACCCCGCAUCCCAAUUUGCUGUGGGAAAGCCUUCCAAAUAGUUCCCCAUUUAAUCGACGGUGGUUAGAUUUUGUACAGCUACCAUACCUUCCAGAGAUAGAGAUGAAACAUAAUGCAGAGCGCAAUUUGAAAAAAUGCUACCCCCAUAUUUCUAAAGAGAAGAUGUGCAUGACUGAAACGAAUGGAACUGUGAUAAAUAACAUGAUGGAGGCAUAUAAGUACAUGUUCAGCCAAACAGACGAUUGGAGAGGUCCUCUCAACUAUUACCGAAACAUUUGCUUUUUUCGUGUGAAAGAAGGCGAAACUUUACAAUGCCCUUGCUUGAUUAUUACCGGAAACGAUGAUAGAUUCUAUAAACUGGAAUCAGUCGUAAAAAGUUCCGAUUUUUGCGAAAAUUUUGUUAUCAAAAUCAUUGAACAAUCCGGUAGGGCUCCGCAUCAGGAAAUGUCGUCUGAAUUUAACAGUACUUUACUGAAAUUUCUAAUAGGCAAGCGUAUGUUGGUGCGAUCAACAGAAAAUAUCACUCCGACGCCGACAAGAGGCCUUGUAGGCAGAGUCUUCGGAGGAUUUGGAGUGGUAGCAAACAACACAGUGAAACUUGGUAAUAACUUGAAAGAUGGAUAUACAUUUGCGACUGGGUUGAACAGUGUUCCAAACUUUAUGAUAAAGAGUUGAAGCAUACUUAAAAUCUUCUGAUUUUUAGUUUCUUUUGGAUUGAAGUGUGUUUUCGAAAAAAGUGUAUUUUAACAUUUUAAAAUCAAAAUAUACGCGAUUGAGAGUG